GAGAAGAGACCAAAAGGAACAAAGGAACCGGACCAGCAGCAGCUCCAGCAUGGCUCAGCAGCUAAACAGUGAAGAAGGGACCACAUUAAUUCCUCCAGAAAAAGCAGCUGGAGAGUCAAGAAGUUCUCUGAUAUCUGCAUCUUUUAAUUUCAUCAAUUCCAUCAUAGGAUCUGGGAUAAUAGGUUUACCAUAUGCACUGAACCAGGCAGGCCUCCCGUUUGGCCUCCUCCUUCUCAUGGUUGUUGGAUUCAUCACAGAUUACUCAAUCAUCUUACUAAUUAAAGGAGGAAACCUGUCAGGGACGAGCAGCUAUCAGUCACUGGUACAAAGCACAUUUGGUUCCCCUGGAUUCCUGAUUUUGUCUGGACUGCAGUUCCUUUAUCCUUUCAUCGCUAUGAUCAGCUACAACAUCACGACUGGGGACACACUCACCAAAGUGUUUCAGAGAAUACCAGGAGUUGGUCCGGAUCACAUACUUGCAGAGCGUCACUUUGUCAUCUUGCUAUCGACCGUUGUCUUCACAUUGCCUCUCUCGCUUUAUCGAAACAUUGAAAAACUCGGGAAGGUGUCCCUCCUGUCUAUGGUGCUGACACUCGCCAUCCUCGUCAUUGUAAUCAUCAGAGCAGCUACGUUCGGACCCCAAAUUGCCCCUACAGAGAACGCUUGGUCAUUUGCAAAGUGGAAUGCUAUUCAGGCGGUCGGUGUUAUGUCUUUUGCCUUCAUAUGCCACCACAACAGCUUUCUUAUCUACGGCUCUCUGGAGCAGCCCACGCUCGCUAACUGGUCUCGAGUUACCCACGUCUCCGUGGGCUCAGCGCUGAUCAUCAGUGCUGUGUUUGCCGUCGCCGGCUACUCAACCUUCACUGGAUACACGCAAGGGGACAUAUUUGAGAACUAUUGCCGAAACGAUAACCUGGCAACAUUUGGCCGCUUCUGUUUUGGCCUCAGCAUAAUAACCACGUUUCCACUGGAGUGUUUUGUUACGCGAGAGGUGGUGUCCAAUGUUAUUUGCAAUCGGACUCUUUCCAGGGUGGAGCAUGUGUCCAUAACAGUGCUCAUAGUUGCCGUUUGCACAGCAAUAUCUUUGGCCUAUGACUGUCUGGGAGUCGUUUUGGAGCUGAAUGGCGUUCUGAGUGCCACACCUCUGAUCUUCAUCAUCCCAUCUGCGUGCUUCCUCAAACUCUCUCCGGGCCCUUGGCUCCAGGGUGAAAACUUCAUCCCCAUCGUGCUGAUUUUAAGUGGCGUGUUUGUCAUGAUCACUGGUUUGAUCAUGACUGGCCUCUACCCACAAGACUGUUCACACGGUGUGGAGAUGUUCUACUGUGCAGACGCCAACAUCUCUGGAACUGUACCACCUGUUUAAAAGACACAUGUAUGAAAUAUUUAAAUGCAGUCAUCUUUUUUUUAUUUUAAAAUAUAAACAGCACUUACAUUAUAUGGCAAAAAUAGGUGCAUGUGGACACCCUGAUCCACCUGAGGUCUGAGGCUUUUGGCUCCUUGGUUAAUAGAAGGCCCAUCCUUCA